AUGUCGUUCAGAAUCAUCCCCGCCAACAUCAUCAGUCGCAUACAAGCCCUUGGUAUCGGCCAGGCGCCCGAUGCAGCGACUGAAGGCGAUUCCGAUGCCAUUCCAGGCACGCCACACGCAGGAAAGCACAAUGACGACGGCCACUACGACCCCUCUCCAAUCGAUGUUGUUGUGGUGCGCAUCAUGCUCGCCAAGGCGACCAAGCUACCCGUCGAUGUCAUUGAUGGCAUCUUCGAACUCGCAGAGUACUGGGUGCACACGAUGACUGCUGCCGACUACACGGGGCAUGAGCUGACGGUGAGCUCUCGUUCGAUUCAAGACAAAUUUCUGGUUCGAUCUCUGCCCAUCGGAUUCACGAGCGAGCACGGUGGCGACCUGGACUUGAAGGGUGAGCCCGCCCCGGCCAAGCCUCUACAUAAUCAGAUACCCGCCAAGAAGCUGGAAAGAAUGGCAGACUAUCCGCUCCCUAAACUCCAGGGUCCCGUGCGCAAGAUCGUCUUCAAGUUUACCUCGCAUGACCAGGGCUGGUCGGGAGAAACUGGCGGACUGUAUGAGAACUCUUGGACUUGGUUCGAAGCUGGCUUGGAGCGUUUGGAAAGCUCCGCGACCGGCGAACCGCAAGACCCUCCCCCGACUGCUCUUCGUCGAGAAGCUCUCCGACCAGUAUACCCGAUCAUCACAGAAGUCGUCCCCGAGGAGGAAGAUGAAGACGAUGCACACGACAAGCAGGACGAGCAAGAGGAAGCACAGAAAGAAGAUAAAAAAGACAACCCUGAAGCGAAAGAAACAAACCUCGACGAGCCUCAAUUUGAGUAUAAGUUUCCACUGCUUCACAGCCCGAAAUGGACCGUUUGCAGAAACAAGCGCGCCCACAGAGACUGGCAGGAACACUCAAUCACGUGGGCGUGCCACGACGAUGUUAAGCCUGACUCUGAUGGCGGCAAGUCUCUAGAGGAGAACGGACGUGGACGCGAAACCGGUGAUGGCGAAUUUGUGCGCAGUCUGCAGCUCGGCGAUGUUGUGACGCUGUGGGCAAAGUCUAGAUUUCCAAGCUGGACUAACAGCGUCCAGGCCGCGAGCAUUGACGUAUACUGGGCGGCCACCUAA